UGUGACUCACGGCCCGGCCCGCGGCUCUCCGGUGCGGCCCCGGGCCGGGCCCUCUCCCGCCACCCCUGCGGGGUCGCGGCCUCGCCCGGGCCCGCGGCUGCGGGGCCGCCGCCGGGGCGGAGCGGUGCCUUUGCCGCGCUCCCGCCAGGGGCUGCCCGUGCGGCCUCCGCGCAGGCCGCGCCGCCCCGGGGCCGAUCGGGAUCCCGGUUCUCGGGGCCUGGAUCCCGCUUUUCAGGGCCAGGAAAGCGGCUGGAAUAGAACCCGCCUUGCUGCCCCGCGGUCCGAUCCGUGCAGAAAAGGCUGAGCUUUUCACGCGCGUUACCUGGGGUGAGACUUGCGGUGUCAGGGCGCUAUCGGUUCUUCCCUUGUAAUCACAGGAAAUCACCCCACAGGUGAAAGUCGUUGUGAGCUGAUGCAUUCUCUACGUUUGGAAGCUGUGUAGUCACCAGCUUCUUAGCUGCUCUGCUUCCUGAUACUGAAGAGUCUAGGAUUUUUGUUCAUGUAGACUGUUCAAAAUGAAUGAACAUCCUAAAAAGAGGAAAAGGAAGACUCUGCAUCCUUCUCGUUACUCAGAUUCUUCAGGUGCAAGCAGAUACAUAGACAACAGUGGAAUUUUUUCUGACCACUGCUACAGUGUCUGUUCCAUGAGACAGCCAGAUAUAAACAGAGGUAGAUUCCACAGUCCUGUGCAGAGCCUGGACACGGAUGAUGACGGGAGUCCGGUGCAUGCCGGGAGCUCUCACUGGAGCGGGGCACACUCAAACGUUGGGAUGCACUGCACAGACCCUAAAAAGAAGGAUAAAGAUAAAGGUACUAACAAUGGAAUGUGCAGAGACUUGUGUGACUCACCUAUAUUCAGUGACAGCCCCACAGAAGAAGAGAAACCUCUAGAUAUCCAAACUGUAGAAAUUUCUACAACAGAAGUGAAUGCAGUAGAAGUUCACGAUAUAGAAACGCAGACUGUGUCACCUGAGAAGCUGGAAGCUGAGGACCUUGAGGAAAUCCCUCUGGAGACGUGUAAAAUCUUUGAGAAGAACCAGGCUUUGAAUAUCACAGCUCAACAGAAAUGGCCCUUGCUGAGAGCCAACAGCAGCGGCUUGUACAAGUGUGAGCUCUGUGAGUUCAACAGCAAGUACUUCUCUGAUCUGAAGCAGCACAUGAUCCUGAAGCAUAAGACAUGUACAGACACUCAUGUCUGUAAAGUUUGUAAAGAAAGUUUCUCCAGCAAAGUGCAGCUCAUUGAACACGUAAAACUACACGAGGAGGAUCCAUACAUCUGUAAAUACUGCGAUUACAAAACGGUGAUUUUUGAGAAUCUGAGUCAGCACAUAGCAGACACUCACUUCAACGACCACCUUUACUGGUGUGAGCAGUGUGAUGUGCAGUUCUCCUCCAGCAGCGAGCUGUACCUGCACUUCCAGGAGCACAGCUGUGACGAGCAGUACCUGUGUCAGUUCUGUGAGCACGAGACAAACGACCCCGAGGAUCUGCACAGCCACGUGGUGAACGAGCACGCGUGCCGGCUCAUCGAGCUGAGCGACAGCUACAACAACAAGGAGCGUGGCCAGUACAGCCUCAUCAACAAAAUCAGUUUUGACAAAUGCAAAAACUUCUUUGUGUGCCAGGUGUGCGGCUUUAGGAGCAGGCUGCAUACAAAUGUCAACAGGCAUGUAGCUAUCGAGCACACCAAAAUAUUCCCUCAUGUUUGUGAUGACUGUGGGAAGGGAUUUUCAGGUAUGUUGGAAUAUUGCAAGCACCUAAGCUCUCAUUUAUCUGAAGGGAUUUAUUUGUGUCAAUACUGUGAAUAUUCAACAGGACAGAUUGAAGACCUUAAAACUCAUUUGGAUUUCAGGCAUUCAGCAGAUUUGCCUCAUAAAUGUACUGAUUGUUUAAUGAGGUUUGGGAAUGAAAAAGAUCUUUUAAGUCAUCUUCAGAUACAUGAGACGGUGUGAUUUGCUUUCUUUCCCUGUAAUCAAUUUGUUAGAAUUUGAAUUAAUUUCCAGUCACUGGAAUGUGAUAUUAAAUGCAAUUUUAACAGCAA